UUUGCAAAAAUAAAAUUAUUCCCAAAUUCGCAAACUACUUGAAAUAUCCAGACUGCUAUUCGACACCUUAAGUUCUCAGGAAUUUCCAUCAUUUUUAAAUUCGAGAAAACAAGUUCUCGGGAAAUGAUGGAGCGUUUAGGUCAUGUGUGAAUUUUUUCCUUUUUCCUUCAUAAAAAUAAAUGUUAAACUCUUUUUGAACUUUUUAAGCAACUUUUUUCGGUAUAGUACAAUUAUUAGAUUUCAUUUUUCAAUCGUUUGCGAUUUUGUUCUUGCGAAAUUUCUUUUGUUUUCCCAUUCGCAAAAAAAUGAACAUGAGCUUGCUACGAUCUUCGUAGCGAAAGCAUAGUAAAUUAGCUCUUGCCAUUCGUGGAAAUGUUAGGUGGAAUCGACGUGUUCUGUUGAAUUAUGUUGCAUUCAUGUUUACGAUGAAAAGUAAACAUUGUCUCAUUUAUUUCACACUCGGCCACUAAUUUAAUUACUAAACGAGGCAUUAAAAAUUAAUAUUAAUCAAGACAAGAUAAGGACUCUUUUAUCCAUGCUCAACUGUAUGUUACGCUUGGUUGAUUUUUCUUAAUUAAGCUGAAUAUCAUGCACGCUUUGUUCGCUAAUAACUUGUAAACUUGUUUUUGUUUCAUUUGAACAGUGUUCCGCUUGAUUUCAUUCUAGCUUCAUCUGCAUAAGCUCGAUCAGAUUUGGAAAGCUCAGCUCUUUCUGCAAAAAAACUACACUUUUGCUGAAAGCGUUUAUUAAAUAGAAUUUUAAUUUCCAAGGGUUCAAAUUUGCGUAUUUUAAAUGCAUUGGUAGUGUUGUAGGAGAUUGGAAGUUGCAACGUUGGAUGUUGUUUAUAGAGAUCAACAAAAAUAUGAUGAAAAGCUACUUUUUCUUUUGUUUAUUCGCUGCAGUACAGCUUGCACACUUGGAAGAAUUGGACUUAGAGAGUAUUUUAAAACAGAUUACGCCUGACCCGUCUGAAAAUGUCGACGUUAUACCGUCAGGUGAAUUUGCUAGAUUUCGUCGUAGUAAAAUAUUAUCGGCUGACGAAGAAAAAAAUAUGUUGGACGAUAUAAGUAAUAGCAAGAGAACUCAGAAACGAAACUCUGAAGACGAGAAGAAAUUCUCUGUGGUGAAAUUACCUGACUCGGCAAAUGCGACACCUGAGCAAGACGCAGCUGGCCUAAAACCUGCUCGUGCACCUGAGGCGUUCGGCGAUGCUGAAAAAUUGACAAAAGGAAAGGGAAUAAUCAGUGACUCUCAACCGAAUACGUUACUAAACAGCACUGCGGAGAAAAACCCAAGUAGAUCUAACAUUAUCAUGUUCUCGGCUAAACCCAUCGACCACACUUCGCCUGUAAUAAACGAGACGAAAACAAGUUUACAGUCGAUAAAAGAAGCAAAAGAAAUUUCAACCAACGGUACUGGUCACCGACGUGAUGAUGUUCCAGAAGGGUCUGGAUCUGGAAGUGAUAAUUCUGAAUCAUCAGGGUCUGGAUCGGGUAGCGGCGAGGUUAUCACAAAAAGAUCCAACAUUGCAAGAAACAUUGACAAUGGUUUGACCGUUAACGAAGCAGCGUUCUUAUCAAGCUUAGAGGGUUCAGAAUCUGGAAGUGGAUCCGAUGAGGAGUCUGGUGAUGAAAGUGGCAGUGGCACCGUUGAAAAUGAUAAGGAUGCUGUCCGAAGAAGUGAGCAACCAAAAACUAACGCAACUUCGAAUGGAAUACCGACGUUAAACGGUAAACAAAACAAUACUAUGCUCUCCAACGCAGAGAGCAAUAUUACAGCCAUCCAAAACAUGUCCAGUCCUGCUGCAACCCUUUCGGUGCCUUCAAAUGCAACUGUUAGGGUCAUUCAACCAACAAACCAAACUCAAAUGGCAACCCCAGAAGCAGCUGCCGUUGCUACAGAAAAGGAUCCAGCAGCAACAGUGACACCCUCCAAUGUUACUGUUAACGCCCAAGGAGUUGCACCAUCUUUAUCAGAAACGCCGAUUGCCCAAUCUAACUUACUCAAUCUUUACCCAUCAUAUACGCCAAAAAACGCCACAGUACAAUCCAAUUUGCCAGAAACUGCAGCACUAACUAACACUACAGUGGUUGAUGAUAAUAAACCUGCUCUUGAAAAUAUAACAGACGCCGUUCAUAAGGUGACAACAAACUCCACAACGCCAUACAAUGCUUCGGCAGCCCAAACUCAAAAACCAGUUAAGAAAUACACGCUCGAUCAGACACCUGAAGAAGUGGAACUGUCUAACGAGGCAGCUAAGUUGUUUAAUUUUGAAUCCGAUAAUGGAUCGGGUGAUGAGGAGAGCGAGUUGUUACCUUCAAGUAAUAAAAUUAAGGCUAAAGGAGCUGGGAACGAUGAUGACGAUGAUUUGCCAGGUGCACGUGGUGGAUUAAACGAAGAAGAUCUGCAAAGCCUUCAGAAAGGUGACAGUAAGCCAGCCUCCACCGCAGAUGACGAUGAUUUAAUGAGCUCUACUACCAGUAAGCGCUCUGAAACACCAAAAGAAACACCAGAGAAGAAGAGUGAGAAAACAUGGAGCGUAGUUUUAAACGAUACCAGUGCUGAUUUACCAGGUGGUUAUGGGGAAGAAGGGUCUGGAUCAGGCUCAGGUACAUUCGGUGGUAAGGAAGUUGAAUUUCAAGUGGAGAGUUCUAUUGGUUCCUCUUUUGACCAAAGCAUAAAAAAAUCGAAACCUGAGAAAGGCGAGGGUGAUCUCCUGCCAGGUGAUUAUGGGGAUGAGGCGCCACUUACUGACGCUGAUGAGUCUGGAAGUGGUGUUUCUGAUGAUGAAUCUGGCAGCGGUAGUGACUAUGACGAUGAAUCCGGAAGCGGUUCGGGAAGCAGCCAAGCAGUACAUGAGUUGCUUCAUGCUGCAGCAUCUACUGAAGAACGUGCACCAACUCUGAAACAAAGUACUGCUUCUGUUCGCCUCCAGCAAAAUCCAACUCCUGUCGCUGUGAAAGCAGACGUACCGACGAAAAGAGUCGCAAAUUUACUCAGAGGAAAUAACUCGUUUAGCUAUAAUGCCCCCACGACCAGAGUAAACAACGUCUACAAUCGAAAUACGACGUUUGAUGAAGAUCAAGAUCAAGAAUCUGGUGAUGGUAUGGCUGAAGAUGAGUCUGGUUCUGGAUCAGCUGAUUCUGAUUUGGAUGUAGCCCCAGAUCAGGAGGGUGGGCAGUACACUGGUGAUAUACCAAGCAAUCCCACAGAUAUGAGCGCUAUUGAUGCCGUCUCAAAUAAUCGUCUACCAUCAGGCAUGGAUGCUGACAUGUUUGCUCCUAAACGUUUCCAUGCUAACAUGACGGUCCCUUCAAGGUUUCAAACUAACAUUGUCCCUGUUGAGGGUGACAGUGAUAACGAUGGCCCUUCAUACGUAGCAGCUGAAGAGACCGACAAUUCAGAGAGUGGAGACAAUUCAGAGAGUGGAAGCGGCAGUGGGGAUGCCAGUGGUAGCGGCAGCAGCUCAGACGUGCAGGAAAAUUCGCAGCGUGACAAUGCGGAGCAGGAAGAACGCGAAGGUACUGAGCAGAGCACCUUAGAGCAAAACGCACGAGAACAAGAAGCGCACGAACACGAAGAGUUGGCACAAGAUGAGCGAGAAAGUAACAGAAUGCCAGAAAGUUUGUCUUCAGAUGAAGUUACUGGUACUGCUCGAGGUGGAACCGAUGAAGUGCCAAAUACUGAUGAAUCAGCUAAAGAAACCACUAAUGGAGCUACCGAGGAAAACGCAUCGAAUGAACCUAGUUCCAGUGAGCAAGAAACAUCGAACGAAGAAGCUAACAAAUCAGCACCCACUGAACAAGUCAGUCAAACAAAAUCAAAUACUGUUCCUGAGCAGGAACCAACUCAUCGUCAUCAUCAUCAUCAUCACCACCAUCACAGACAUCAUCAUCACAGAUUUUUUAAUGAAAGUGGCGACGAUGAAAACUCUGAGGAGGGUACAUGUACUGACCGACAGAAUUGUCCGCCAGCCCCCACUCCGCCGCACUCGAAGUAUACAGACCCUAGCGUCAUGCCGCAAGAAGGCGAUAUUGUCACAGAACAGUUUCUUGAGCAUUUAAUGGUCAGCCAACUGUUGGAACAAAAUUUGAAUUUGUUUUACACCAACAUGGCUGGUCGUCCAGGUGAACAGGGUGAGGAAGGUGAAAAAGGACCACCUGGUACGAGAGGCGAACCUGGAAUGAACGGCUUCCCCGGAUUGCCUGGAGACCCUGGGACUAUAGGUCCUCCUGGUCGAGCAGGUGUUAAAGGUCCUGUAGGACCGCCAGGCUUACCUGGAAUGAAGGGGGAAAUGGGAGAUCCUGGCGAGGAAGGUUUAGGUGGACCUCCUGGCAGCCCUGGGCCACCAGGACCGCCUGGACCACGUGGUUAUGAAGGAGAACCAGAAACAUUUCCUAAUUGUAGUUACGUCUGCGAGGGUGAAAAAGCUUGGUUGCAAUGUCGACAAUAUGAAAUUAUCAAAAUUCUGCGUGUGUUUUGGGGACGUGAAAAUGAUCAACUCAGCGGUAACCACCCAUCUAUAUGUCCGAACGCACCUCAAGGUUUAAAACUUGACAAGUCUUGUGAAAGUAACACACAGAAUGCUUUCAAAAAAGUGGAAGCGCAAUGCAAGUUGCAAGCAGGCUGUGAAAUAGUUGCUUCCAAUAUUUUCUUCGACGACAACACUUGCGGAAAUAUAUAUAAAUAUCUGAAAGUAUGUUAUGAAUGCAUGCCUGAUGAAGCCAACGCGGUUGAUGUACUGCUAGACAAAAAACGAAGAAGAAAGAAAAAGAAAAAGAGAGAAAGUGAAAAAUCGUUGAUUUCUGAUAAAAGAAAACGUUCCGUCUGGAAUGACGACGAGAUUAAUUUUGUGCCCAACAAUAUCUGGAAACAUCCACUUCACCAAGCAAAACAUAACGUGUAGAGUUUAAACAGCCUUUUAAAUUGCGUUCACCUUAGUAACAACAUCGCUGAAAAUCAUUUUUUCAGCAGGCAAAAAAACCCGAGAUAAUUCAUACAUCAUGCUUAGUCAGCGUUUGUUGUACAGAAAGAAUAACAGUAAAAUGAUGAUGUUUUUCAACUUCUCACAAUAUUCGGUCGCGCCUUUUAACAAGGUAGAGCAUAUUUUAAGGACCUCUUUUUUCCACGAGCAAUAAAAGUAGUGUAGCAGUUCUUUGAUAAAUAGGUCUAUUGAAAAUUCAAGACCGAUUUUUGUUAAUUUAUACGCACUAAAUUAAAAAAAAAUACUGCACACAUUAUAAAAGGAGAAAAACUCCAAGGUAGAUUUUUGCUUACAAUACAUACACAUGAACAAUCCGAAAAAAAUCGGGAUUAAGAAAUUUGCACUUUUAUUAAGAAUCACCAUGUGACGUUACCAUCAUAUAACAUUUUUAUUCACUGUCAUGUCUUCAGAUCACGUGAUAAAGUCACGUGAUACAGCGAUCUUUUCAUAUUUUUAUACAGAAUGUUGUAAAUAUUUUUAUGUUAUUUUUAAUACAACAAAAUUGUUUUCCAUGUUUA